UACCUUCCCCCAAGAUUCGGAUAAAACAGUGAAAAGGGAAGUUUUAAAAACAAGAAACUAAAGCAGGAUGAGUAAAGACGGGACGUAUCAGGGGUACGUCACAAAGACUGGCACCCUCCCAAUGAAAGAACAUGACACGCUUUAGCUUUAUUUGGGAGCGGGAUCUUGCACUGGUCGGAGCCUGAACACUUCCUCCCGCCUGUACGAAGAAACCGUCACCUUGCCGUUUUCAACUGUGAUCUACUUUUUCCCCUGUGUUUGUCUUUUUAAGUUUUCCCUUUCUUUUUUUCUUGCAAGAGCCACUUGUGUUUGUUUGCAAUUUAGCAGGUGUUCGCCCCCUUUUCAGUAUCGUCUCUUAUCCACUAAAGAAUGAUUUAAAUAACAACUUUGUAUCACAAUGUAACACAAUUAAAAUAUUUUUUUUAAAAAUCUGUUGGAAGUCAUAAAUUUCAAAUAAAAAAUUCAGACGAUAAUUUUAUUGGUGUUUCAGACGAUAAUUUGUUUUCAAAUCAAACGAUUUUUUCUCUCCCUUUUUUUUUUUUUUUUGGUGUUUCAGACGAUAUUAUUUAAGUUUAGUGACGAUAUUUUUCAAAAUCACGAAUAAACAAAUUAAGUGAAGAGUAAAUAAUUUUUUAUGUAUGAUUUCAUCUUCAAAUAUUUCGACUUAUUUCAAAUACAAGCGAAUCUUUGUUGACUGGAAAAAUUUUGUGUCUUCGGGUCUUCCAUGUAAACAAAUCAAGUGAAAACAACUGGAUAUUGUGAAGAGAUAGUGGGGGACUUAGACUGAAAAACAAAGAUGGGCUUAACAAGGACUACAGUUGUGGUGUGUUCCCUUUUUGGAUUUCUUUUGAUGGUGGGUGACUUUUCAAAUGGUUUCAACAUCGAUACAAAAAGCGCUGUUGUACAUAGAGGCGUACCUGGAUCCAUGUUCGGCUUUUCUGUGGAUCUCUUUAAAGAUAGCGGCCAUAGUUGGAUAUUAGUGGGUGCGCCUAGAGCUCAAACUGCCCAACCUAAUGUGACAGCAGGUGGUGCUGUCUACCGAUGUGCACCAGAAUCAACUGCCAACUGUGCUGUUGUUCCUUUUGACACAACUGGUUCAAAUACUCGAAUUGUAAAUAACCAAAGAGAAUACACAGAUGAUAAAUCUCAUCAAUGGUUUGGAGCUACAGUUAAAACAUCUGAUGCAAACGGAGUUGUGGUUGCUUGUGCUCCUCGCUAUGUCUAUUACUCAGUUAACAAUAUUAGGCGGGAACCUGUGGGUACUUGCUGGAUUGCUAGAAAUUCCAUGGCCAACUUUCAAGAAUACUCGCCUUGCAGAACAUCUCUCUGGGGAUUUCACAGAAAUGGUUAUUGUCAAGCAGGAUUUUCAGCUUCACUUACUGAGGAUGGACAAAUGCUGUACGUUGGUGCACCUGGAAGUUUCUAUUGGCAAGGGCAGAUUUACUCCCAGGAUUUAGUAACGAAUGCUGAAAGAAGAACUAAAGAAUCUCCUCCUUCAAAUGAUGACAGCUUUCUAGGUUAUUCAUCUGCAGUUGGAGAAUUUACUGGCGAUUCUGAAAUGGAUAUUGUUGUUGGCAUGCCUAGAGGAAAUAAUUUAACCGGGAAGGCAGUUCUGUUUAACUCUCGAUUGAAAAACUUGCAAAAUAUAACAGGAGAUCAGAUGGGCUCAUACUAUGGAUACUCAGUUUGCGUGUCUGAUGUAAAUGGAGAUGGGUUGGAUGACAUUGUAGUUGGUGCUCCUUUUUAUACUAAUUUACAAUCCAAAGAAAGAAGAUACGAAGAAGGAAGAGUUUAUGUUCACUACCAAAAUAAAGAACACCAAUUUAACGAAGAUUCUAAAAGUGUUUUGGAUGGUGAAUUUGUUAAAGGUCGUUUUGGCUUGUCUUUAGCAUCCUUGAAAGACAUCAACAGAGAUGGAUAUGAAGAUUUUGCUGUUGGCGCUCCGUAUGCUGGCAAAGAUGAAAAGGGAGUAAUCUACAUAUACCACGGUAGUUCUUCUGGUGUCAGAGAUAAACCAUCACAAAUUAUAACUCCAGAAGAUUUUCCUGGAUCAAAUUUGAAAACUUUAGGAUUUUCUCUAUCUGGCUCUAAAGAUAUGGAUUCUAAUCAAUAUCCAGAUAUUGUUAUUGGUGCCUAUGAUUCAGACCAUGUAAUCUUUAUGAAGUCUAGACCAGUAGUCAACAUGACUUCCAGCAUGACUCUUAGUCAAGAAGUUAUAAAUUUAGAAGACAAGAAAUGCACUCUAAAAGACAAAACUAAAGUUGCUUGCAUAGAAGCUACUCUUUGUUUAAGUUAUAAUGGAAUCGGAGUUGCUUCUGAAAUAGAUCUGACUUAUACUUUCAUGACUGAUGCUCAGCAAAAAAGUGCCCGUGCGUUAUUUUUAGAUGCAAAUCCAUACAUUGUAUCAAAUAGGACGCAGACUAUACGUCUUAAAAAAGAUGUGCAAUACUGCAAUAAGAGUAAAAUUUUUAUUCAGAAUGCCAUCCGAGACAAAUUAUCUCCAAUCGAAAUAAAAGCCAGUUAUGAACUUAUAGAUCUGGAGCCUUACAGACAUUUUUUGAAACCCAUUUUGAACAAAAAUGUUCAAACUGCAGCAACCAAUGAGUUGAACAUAGAAAAGAAUUGCGGUAAAGAUGAUGUUUGUAUUCCAGAUUUACAGUUAUUUGCAGUUCCAAACAUGGAACAAUAUUCAAUCGGAACUAAAAAGCGUCUGGAACUUGAUAUGACUAUCAGAAAUGGUGGAGAAGACGCCUUUGAAUCUAUGCUUCAUGUAACCAUGCCACUUGAUGUUAACUACGUUAACAUAGAACGUUCUAAACUUGAUUUUCCCAUUGGCUGCAGUGGAGCUCAACCAGACAUAACAGGGGAGAAUAAAUUAAAAUGUGAUAUUGGCAAUCCUUUGCCAGCCAAUAAAACGCUAAAUUUUAAAAUUUUACUGGAGCCAUCUAGAGUAGUUUCUUCUACCAGUGACUUGGUAUUUACCAUGACUGUUAAUAGCACAAAUCCUGAGAAAAAUGACACACUUUUCAAUAAUGUGUAUGAAAUUGAAUUGCCUGUUCGCGUGGAAGUGGCAUUAGCAGUGAGAGGAGUUUCCCUUCCUGAAGUGAUUACUUACAACAAAUCUGAGGAGCUUGUUGAGGUGAAAGUUCGUGAGACUGAUGUCGGACCAGAAGUCAUACAUGUCUAUGAGAUUGGGAACCAAGGCCCAAGCUCAAUACAGCAGGCUGAAGUGUAUAUAUUGUGGCCCACAUACACAUUAGAAAAAAAAUCACUUCUUUAUUUGAUGGAUCAACCAGAAGUAAGAGGGAAUGCACAGUGUGAAAAAGUUGAUGUUAACCCACUGAAUUUGCAGGUAAUUAUAUAAUAACGGUGGUGCAAGU